GAUGAUAUGUGUAGUGCCCACUAUAGGUUGUGUAUGGAGUAAUGUAUAGGGUCCAGUAUAGGUUUUGUAUAGGAUGAUAUGUGUAGUGUGCUGUGUAGAGCCCACUAUAGGUUGUGUAUGUGUGAUAAAUAUGGCUGUUUAUGUGGUGCCAUAGAUGCUCAUGUAUACGGUAUCUGUUCUCGUACACACUGUACCUUGUGUUCGUCCCGAGCAGUAGGCGAUAUUUAAUACGAUGAUUGCAGGGUGGAGUAUACAGGGAAGGGAUCGGCACAUUGGGCAACAGAUACUGAGCAGGUCCUCCCUAUGUGUACACACAUGUGCAGGACAGCAGAGGAGUCUCCCAUCAUUUCUUUCUUCAUCCUUUAAUGGUGGUCGAAUAGAUAAUCAGGCUGUGUGUGUGGAAAAUUAUCAUAGACAAGAAAUGUUGUCAUGUGGAUACAGGCAGAGACCCCCUAAGAAUGCAGCACAGGGCCCCCUCUAUCCAAAACCAUAAAUCAGGGCCUUUAUAAGGCUGGAUCAGGGCCUUUAUAAGGGUCGGAUGUUUUCAUGGAGCUUAAGGUUCACGGUGUGCCCCCCGGCUGCACGAGCCCGUCUUACCACAAUUACUAACAGAUGAGGCCGUUCCUGAGCCGUGUCCUCACCCAUAGCCUGGAGGGUGAGACGUCUCCGCAGGAUCAGCUUUGGCAGCUCAGGAGCUGAAUAUGAAGCAGAUGGAAUUGGACUCUGCCACAGCCAAACUGGAUCAACUGCGAUGGGAACUGGAAAAGGGAAAGCCAUCCAAUUCCCCCAGCAAGGCGGAGGGGGCAGAAACUUUCAACCGUCAAAACUCAAACCCCAACCAGUCACCGUCCCUCACCCUCUGGUCUGUGGCACCACAGUCCCCAUCAUCGCUCAACCUGACACCUCAAAUACAGGGUACACAGGGUUCUGAAGCUUUCAUCCGUCAGAACUCCAACCCCAGCCUGUCACCCUCCCUCACCCGCCGCUCUGUGGUGGCACCUCAAUCCCCAUCCUCGCUCAGCCUGACUCCUCAACUGCAUUCCACCAGGUCCAGACAAGAGUCUACCCUGGCGGCCCCAAUGUCACUGUCUAUGACCAUGAACUCCACGUCCACUGUGCCUUCUGUAUCCUUCAGCUCCUCCCCGAACUUUACCCGCAGGUCCCUGCCAGCCGAUGGUGGUGACACAUAUAUGACUGUCCCAUCCCGACCAUCAUGGGGUCGCCCCACCUCCCCUCGUCUCCAGUACUUUGAGCGCCCUGCAUCUUCCUCACCAGCCCGUCUGUCUUCUGGUUCCUAUGAUUAUGGCUUUGUGCCCAGGUCAGUCUCUCCUGCCCCCGAUGGACCUCCCAUGGGCAUGUACACAGAAUGGGCUCCACCUCACAGACCCCCUCCAGCCUACGAGGCUCCUCUGGGAUUCUCUGCACCUCGCUACUCAGAUAAUGUCGGCUCCCUCCAGCGCCGCCCUCCCCAGCGCAGCUGGAAUGAGUCAGAUCUGGACACCGUUUUUGACAAGAAGACCCAUCAAGAAAGGUCUGAUCGGGUGUCUCUGGGUGGAGUCCCUGUCAUGAAGGCCUGGAGGGAGAGCAGUCUGGACCCGGCCCCGGUGAAGGGCAAGGGCGAGGUCACUGUCUCCUCCACCCUUCCUCGGGGCUACAAGUUCUCUUCAAUGGACCGUGGUCCUCAAGGGCCGGAUCCUGGUUGGAAGACUGGUUCAGGAACCUUGCCCAGAUCUCUUCCUUCUCAGCAACCCAUCUCUCGCAUUCCUGUUCCUCCUCCUGGAGGCCGGGGCCAGCCACACAGACCACUGCCCCUCUCAAUGAUCUUCCGUCUUCAGAAUGCAUUCUGGGAGCACCAGGCACCACCCCAAAUGUAUUCAUCCACUCAAAUGAAUAUGCCACCUGCAGCACCAGUGUCAAUUCCUGUCGUGCCUGAAUUUCCCAUGCCAGCUGCAACACCUGUGACCCCAGCUCCAAAUGAAGAGGUCCCUAGGCCUCUAAGCCCCACCCGCCUUCAGCCACAGCUGCCCCCUUCCUUAGCAGAGGUACAGAGGGUUCUGGAAGAUAUUCCUCGACCACUGAGAAGACGAGGCUCCCAGGAACACACUGCACUGACCCAGCCACAUUCUUCAGAUCGGAGACAAUAUCGGCAAAUCAUGGGGCGACUCUUUGGAAGGGCGGCUCCUAAACCCUCUUUUGUUCCGGAACAGACAAAAACUGAGGAGAAACUUCAAGGAUCUGGAAAUAAAGCCGCUCUAUCUUUAGAGGAACAAGUAGCAGAGGCUGAGAUUAUCUCCAGGAUGAACCCCAUCCCUGAGGAGCCAAAGACUGAAGACAAGCCUCAAAACUCCACCAUCAAGUCUAGCAUUAGCCCAGAGGAUCCCAUGUGCAUCAUCCUGGAAGCAUCUGAGUCCAGGGUGGGAGCAACAGCUCCUGUACAACUAGAUCUGGAGUUCAGUGUUCCAGUUGUGGUCAGCAGAGGCCAAAACCCGGAACUUCGUUCAGCCUUGAGAGGUCGUAAUUCUCCUCGCAGGGGUCAGCCCCGACGUGCCCGGCUGGACCCCCUGAUUCUGCUGCUCGAUGGGGCACUAACUGGAGAGCUGGAUGUGGUCACUCAGGCUUUGAGAGAGGUAAAAGAUCCAAGUCAACCAAAUGAGGAAGGAAUCACUGCCCUUCACAACGCUAUCUGUGGCGCCAAUUUCCAUAUAGUCAACCUGCUUAUUACCAGUGGUGCCAAUGUGAACGCAGCGGACAGCCAUGGAUGGACUCCUCUUCAUUGUGCCGCUUCCUGCAAUGACCUCCAGAUCUGCCAUACUUUGGUACGACAUGGAGCCGCCAUUUUUGCCACAACCUUUAGUGAUGGCAGCUUAGCUGUGGAUAAAUGUGAUCCCUACAGGGAAGGCUACAAGGAAUGCCUCACCUAUCUGACAGAGGUUGAGCAAUGUAUGGGGGAGACGCAGAGCGGAGUGGUCUACGCCGUAUGGGAUUACACCGCAGAGUUUGCUGAUGAACUGUCUGUACGUGAGGGUGACUCCGUGACUGUUCUCCGAAAAGACGAGGAAGGCGGCAACUGGUGGUGGGCAGCACUGUGUGGGCGGGAAGGCUACGUGCCCCGCAACUAUUUUGGGAUGUACCCGAGGCUCCGUCCCCAGCGCAGUCCCCUGUGAUGGCGUUAGAAGACAUGUAGAGGACUUGUGUAUGCGUGUGUGUGUGUUGUUUACAGGCGGCUGCAUGAUGGUGUGCGUGUGAAUUGUCACUUUCUUCCUGUUGCUUCUUUUAGACUUUGUAUAAAAAAGAAAAAAUUUUUUUUUGUAAUAAAAUGAUGAUCAUU